AUUUGAUCCUAAUCAGCUUGACCAUAUUAAGUCAAUGAAUUUGUUGCUCAAGUCCCUUCAUAUCGUUCAAAUCACUAUAGGGAAAGGUUGAAUCGGAAAAUCGAAUCCAGAUUAAUUUCAAAAGUUUGCCCUGAAACAUGUCGGAGGCAAUCAUCUUAGGGGCAAUACGAAAACUGGAGACUGUUCUCGUUGAGAAUCCGACUAUAAACACACAUCACGAGUGGGUCCUGAAAGGGAUAAUAAGUGAGAUGAGAACGAUGUUGGCUUUCUUGAAAGACGAGGAAUCAAGUGAAAGGACUAGGCUGAGUCAUUUGCUUGCUGACUUUGCCGAGAUGGCUCAAGUUAUCGCGGACCUCACAAGAGACUUUGGGCAUUACUUUUACUACUUUGAAGACAAAAAAUCCCUGGACUUGCUGAGGAAGAUGAAAAUGCGGAUGAUGGAGUUUGGAGUUGGUGAGGCGGUGAGUGGUUCACAAAGUGCGGGAGAAGAAGGUGUCGUGGUGGGCUUGGAGAAAGACGUGCAGCAGCUUAUUGGUAGAGUGAUUCUUAAUGAGAACACGGGCCUUGUGACCUCGUGUAUCAAAGGCAUGCUUGGUGUUGGAAAGACAACUCUUGCGAGACAAGUGUACAACCACACGGCCAUCGCUGGAAAAUUCAAGCACCGUGCUUGGAUAAGCAUUUCUAGUUACACAAGUGUAAAGGAAGUGCUGGUGGAACUGAUACAGCAGUUGGUGGAACUUGAUGGAGAUUCGUUGUUGGCGGAGGAAAUGGACAACCGGAGCCUGCAAAAGAUGCUUUUCCAACACCUGCAAGGAAAGACAUAUUUCAUAGUUCUCGACAACUUGCUGCCAGAAAUGCGCUUGCAAUCCAUCUUGGAUGGACUUCCGGCCGACAAAGGUCAUGGAAGUAGGUUGUUGUUCACAAGUCGCUAUCAGAUUAGAACAGCGUACGUCUACUAUACUCAUGAGAUGAAAGUUUUGGAUUCUGAUAAGAGCUGGAAAUUGUUUCUGAAAACAUUCGAUAAAUUUACAAGUGAUGAUAACAACUUCUCAAAGGAGUUGGAGAGGAAGGGUAAAGAGAUGUUGAAGAAAUGUGGGGGUUUGCCUAUAGCUAUAAUAGAUGUUGCAAGGCAGAAAGCAAAGCAAAGACUUUCAGGGAUUGAAUGGGAAGAACUUUUUGAUUCUGUUUCUCUCAUCUUCCAUGGAGGUGGUCGUUACUUGGACGAUGCUAGCCAGUCUUACUGGAAGGGCUUUGAAAUCCUCCAAGUACUCGACAUGGAAGAUUUUGGUGUGAAGACUCUAUCAGAAGCUAUUGGUUCAUUGAAUGAGUUAAGGUAUUUGGGAUUGAGAAACAAUUACAUACGUGAGAUCCCAAACUCGUUCGGGGGAUUGAAAAGGCUUGAGGUUCUUGAUAUAGAUCUAAACUUUAUGGUGGAGGUGCCUGAUGUUAUAUGGGAAAUGAGCAGGCUUGGUCAUCUCUACAUGUCUGAUGUGAUUUAUCAGAAGCCUAUUAAAGUAGACGCGCUGCAGAAUAUAAAGACCCUGACCUACAUCUCGAUUUAUGAUUGGACAUAUGAGUUACCCCAUGCCAGUACUAGAGAAGGUUCCUGA